AUGUUCGACAGCUCGCAGUACCCGUACAACUGCUUCAACGACGACGCCGACGACGGCCCGGCCGGCAGCGCGGACCAGGAGAAGCGGCUCACGCGGCCCGCGUACAGCUACAUCGCGCUGAUCGCCAUGGCCAUUCAGCAGAGCCCGGCGGGCAGGGUGACCCUGUCGGGCAUCUACGACUUCAUCAUGCGCCGGUUCCCCUUCUACCGCGCCAACCAGCGCGCCUGGCAGAACUCCAUCCGCCACAACCUGUCGCUCAACAGCUGCUUCGUCAAGGUGCCGCGGGCCGAGGGCCGCGGGAAGGGCAGCUACUGGACGCUCGCGGGCGGCUGCGCGUCGCUGCGGGACCUGUUCGAGGACGGCAACUACCGGCGGCGGCGCCGGCGGCGCGGGGCCACGCGCGAGGGGUCGCGGGGGGCGCGCGCGGGGGGCGCGGAGGGGCCGCAGGGGCCGUCCUGCGCCCCCAGGUCCCCCGCCCCCCGCAGGGAGUCCCCGCCCCCCGCCGGCCCCGCCCCGGGGAAGGCGCCGCAGCAGGACAUCAAGUUCAGCAUCGACUACAUCCUCUCCUCCCCCGACCGCUUCCUCGGGCCCGGGUCGCCCCGCGGCGGGCAGGGGGCCCCGCCCACGAGCCUCCCCUGUUGGACCCUGUGA